AAACCAUUCAUGUUUUCUCUUAAAAGAGAAAGAGAGAGUGCUUCUGUCCGUGAUCUCCAUCUUCUUCCGUAACCCCCCGCAACAAAUCUCCACUGUUGAAAACCCUAGCCCCCACCCCCCACAUCACAUCACAGUUUUCUAAAGAUUUGAGCACAGAGAUAGUGUGAAACAGAUAUUCGAAGGGGAAAUUUUGUUGGGUUUUCCAGUCUCCGAUAAUUAAUUAUUUCCUUUUGGCCCCCCUCAUUGAUGUUUGUUUUCUAAUUUUCAAAGUUUGAAAGGGCACAAGCAAAAUCUUCAAUGACCCGCUUACCAAAACAAUCUCGGAACCUAAGUUUUAUGCGAACCCAGUUCUGAAGAUUUCAGAAGAAGCCAUAUGCCCAUCAACAUCUUCAAAAACCAGGGUCAUUGUUGUUGUUAAUGUUACUACUAUUACUAUAAUGGGAGCUGAGAAGAAAUGGCUUUUCACGCUGUUUACGGCGGCAUUUCUCUCCCUCAUCUUACUGUUGCGCUCUUCUAUAUCCACCUUCAGCUCCGCUAAGCCGUUUCCUUCUCUGGUUCAGCACGGUGCUCACUACCCCCCGGCUUUUGCUUACUUCAUUUCAGGUGGUCACCAAGAUAAAGACAGGAUCUUCAGGUUGUUGCUGGCAGUUUAUCACCCAAGGAAUCGGUAUCUUCUGCAUUUGGGGCGGGAUGCGAAGGAUGAAGAAAGGCGCGGGUUGAUUGCGUCAGUUAGGUCAGUCCCUGCGAUUCGCGCUUUUGGGAACGUAGAUGUGGUGGGGAAGUCUGAUUGGGCUACCUACUUGGGCUCCACCAAUAUUGCUAUUACCCUGCGAGCUGCGGCGGUUAUGUUGAAAUUGGAUCGUGGGUGGAACUGGUUCAUCACUUUGAGUGCUCGUGAUUAUCCCCUCAUCACCCAGGAUGAUCUUUCCCAUGUUUUCUCCUCUGUUAGAAGAGACCUCAACUUCAUUGAUCACACUGGUGAUCUUGGAUGGAAAGAAGGUGACAGAUUUCAGCCAAUUGUUGUUGACCCAAGUAUAUAUUUAGCCAGAAGAAGUCAAGUUUUCCAAGCUACGGAGAAGCGGCCAACACCUGAUGCAUUCAAACUCUUCACAGGCUCACCGUGGGUUAUCCUGAGUAGAUCAUUUAUGGAGUUCUGCAUUUUCGGCUGGGAUAACUUACCUAGAACACUUUUGAUGUAUUUUACUAAUGUUAAGUUAUCCCAAGAAGGUUACUUCCAUUCUGUUGUUUGCAAUGCACCGGAAUUUAAGAACACAACAGUCAAUGCUGACCUACGGUACAUGAUCUGGGACAACCCUCCAAAGAUGGAGCCACACUUCCUUAAUUCCUCUGUUUAUAAUCAAAUGGCACAAAGUGGAGCUGCUUUUGCAAGGCAGUUCGAAGUUAAUGAACCUGUGCUAGACCUUAUCGAUGAAAAGAUCCUUCGGCGUGGGCGUAAUAAUGCUGUACCUGGAGCAUGGUGCUCCGGACGUAAGUCCUGGUGGAUGGAUCCUUGCUCCCAGUGGGGUGAUGUCAAUAUCCUCAAGCCAGGUCCACAAGCUAAGAAGCUCGAAGAAACUCUUUCAAAUCUUCUUGAUGACUGGAGCUCACACAACAAUCAGUGCCAAUGAAGAAACACAUACGAAUAGGAACAAUUUUAGAGGCCGUGCAUUAUCUUGCACCCUCAAUGAUCACCGGCCGGUUAAAAUUCUCAGUUUGCUACGCACAUAUAUAUAUUCUUUGGUCACACAAGUGUAAUAUAAUUUUUUUGUAAAAGCAGCUCAUGGGCGGAAGGGACUCCUCUCAUAGCAGGUUUUGCAAAUGGUUGUUCAUAACUGGGAAGAGUUGGGGAAGUAGAAGGGAAAAUGGUGUUGAGUUUUUGAGCUGUAUUUUUUUGGAGGAAGGUAAUAUUUGAGAUGGAUCCUCCAACACGUACUAUGAUCAAUAGGAAGAUGUUUCAGUCUGUUGUAUGUUCUGAUUUGUCUCAUUUCCAUAGCGAUUCUGAGCGAUUAGAGCAGAUAGUUCAUUCUUUCAAGAUAUGAUUGUAAUAUUGUGUCCUUUUCGCUCUGAAAAUCCAUGUUCCUUCAAGUAA